AUGCCCUUUGCUGCGUUUAUUCUGGUUGCUUGUGCCAGCUGUUUCCUGACAACUAGGACACGUGGCGAGAGCUCGUUGGUGGGCCACGGUGAGCGUCCGUCGUUUCACACGAAGUUCCCGCGCAGGCCGCGGAGCGAAGCGCGCGUGGUAGAGGCGAAUGUAGAGAAUCAGACGCUGACGAUUGGCGUGCUCACGGGGGAGGAGCUGGGGCAAGGCCCAUCGUUCCGCUCAGCCAUCCGGCUGGCGUUCGAGGAUGUUCAGGCAGACUCCUCCUUAACGUUCCCCUAUCCGCUGAGGCUCUCUUUUGGUAACACGGGAAGCACCAGGUUCCAGGCACAAGCAGCAGCACUGCAGACGAUGCUUGACGACGCGCUGCUGGUGCUGGGGCCUGAAUACUCGUCCCAGGCUCACAGCAUUAUCGACCUGUGCCGCGACUACCAGGUGCCGAUGCUGAGCUUCUCGGCAACGGAUCCCACACUGUCAUCCAAAGGGCAGUUCCCCUACUUCGUGCGUCUGAGCCACAGCGACCAGAUGGAGAUGGAGGUGAUAGCGGACAUACUGCAGUACUACCAGUGGCACCAGGCCAUCAUGAUCUAUUCAGACGAUGAGUUUGGGCACAAUGGCAUAGACGCCCUCACAAACAUCCUCAUGGCUAAGUCGCAGCAGCUGCCGCUGCAGUUCUCCAACAAGGUAGCUCUGGACCCGCGGGCCACCAAUGAAGAGAUAACGCAGCUGCUGCGCGCCAUGCAGUCCUCCGAGACCUCCGUCUUCGUCGUCCACGUCGCCUCCUCCAACGUGCUCUUCCUCCUGGACGAAGCGCAGCGCAUGGGGCUGAUGAGUGAGGGGUACGUGUGGAUAUCCACCGAGGGAGCUAUCUCCCUUCUCAUGGGCGCUAACAUGAACUCCACCUACCUCAGCUCUCUCACUGGCAUGGUGGGCACACGAGUGGCCAUUCGGGACAACCCGCGCUUGCUGGAGUUCAAGAGGCGAUGGAAGAACCUCGACACCGUCAAGUACCCCGGCUCUGGCACUGACACUGUCUCCCCCUACUCACUGCUUGCCUAUGAUGCCUUCUGGGUGGCGGCCCGUGCGCUGCACAACCUCUCCCACCUGCCAGGCGCCAGCUUUCCCUUCCGCCCGCGCCGCCCUGUUCUGCCCCCGGAUGGUGGGGGAAGCACCGAUUUUGCGCGGCUCAAAGUCAGCAAGGCUGGCGUGAGGAUAUUGGAGGAGCUUGUCAAGACUAAGAUGGAUGGAAUCAUUGGAAAGGUUGCAUUUGACAAGAACCACGACCGCGUGGGAGUGAGCUACGAGGUGGUCAAUCUGGUGGCGUCAAACUUUCAAACGCUCGGUUACUGGGAGCAGGGCAAGGGCCUCGUGGCUGCCCCUUCGAAAGAGCCAUCCAACACCACCCUCAAGCCUGCUGUGUGGCCUGGCAAUACCUCCAAGUUCCCCCGUGGCUGGUUACCAUCCAAAGGCAAGGCGUUACGCAUUGCAGUCCCGUUCGGCCCUUCGGCUGUGGAGCAGUAUGUGAGCCGCACUCCAGAUGGCAACUUCUCAGGCUUAUGUGUGGAGGUGUUUCAGCGAGCCAUGGCGCUGCUGCCGUACCCAGUGGGGUACUCACUCGUGGCAUAUGACUUCAGGGGGAGCUCCUACGAGGACCUCAUUCGCCGCGUCGCCAACAAGGAGUAUGACGGGGCGGUGGGCGACAUCACAGUCACAGCAGACCGCGCUCAGAUCGUGGACUUCACACAGCCCUUCAUGGAGUCAGGGCUGGGUCUGGUGGUGCCGGUGCUGCAGGGCGACCCAGCCAACCCCUGGGCGUUCCUGUACCCGUUCACAGGGAGCAUGUGGGCGCUCAUGAUCGCAUCCAUAGUCUUCACCGCGGCUGUCAUCUGGUACCUCGAGCACAACCAGAACCUUGACUUUGGCGGAGGGCCGUAUCACCACCAGCUCACCACCAGCCUCUGGUUUUCCUUUGCUAGCAUGGUUCGCUCACAAGAGCAGCACGUGGGCACAGUGCUGGGCCGCUUCGUGGUGAUUUCGUGGCUCUUUGUGGUUCUCAUCGUCACCUGCAGUUACACCGCCAAUCUUACCUCCAUCCUCACUGUUAACAACCUCACUCCCCCUGUACAGUCCCUGGCAGCAGUGAUCACAUCGGGCUCCGUCGUGGGCUAUCUCAACGGAUCCUUCUCCGAGCAGCACCUGCUGGGCUUUGGCGUCCGCAGGAAGCAGCUGCAGCCACUCAACAGUGUGGACGAGUACGCAGAGGCCAUGCUGAACGGCACCGUCGUGGGGGUGGUGGACGAGCGUCCCUUCCUGGAUCUCAUUCUCACGCAAGACUGCACAUUCACCACGGGGGACGCCGAUAUUUCCACCCUCGGAUGGGCCUUUGCUUUUCAGAAGGGGUCAAAUCUGGCCGUUGAUCUGAGCAAGGCCAUCGCCCAGCUGAGCGAAACAGGCCAGCUGCGAACCAUCCACAGCAACUACGUGCCUAACAACCUGACGUGCAGUGGGGACGCCAGCGGGCAAUCAUCGGAUAGUCUGGGAGUGGAGGGGUUUCAGAACCUGUUCAUUCUCUACGCUGCCAUGGCCACCUUCGCCUGCCUCAUGUACCUCGGUGUGCUGCUCUACCGCGGCCACCUCGCCAAGAAGGAGUUGGAGGAGGAGGGAGAGGAAGUGAGUGGGGGCAUGUCUGCGAUCAAGGCGAAGCCAUGGAUGAACCCUUUCAAGCACUUCAUCUACCUCUAUAACCUCGUGAGUCCAUGCACUCCUGCAGUUAUGCAUGCGUGUAGUCAUGCAUGUGACUUCUGA